GCGGCCGGGUCGCCGGAGCUGCCAAGGGAGCCUCCGCUGGUCACGACGCCGGGCAGCCAGCGAUGAAGCCGCCUAGUUCCAUACAAGCAAGUGAGUUUGACUCAUCAGAUGAAGAGCCUAUUGAAAAUGAACAGACUCCAAUUCAGAUAUCAUGGUUAUCUCUGUCACGAGUAAAUUGCUCUCAGUUUCUCGGUUUAUGUGCUCUUCCAGGUUGUAAAUUUAAAGAUGUUAGAAGAAAUAUCCAAAAAGAUACAGAAGAACUAAAGAGCUGUGGUAUACAAGACAUAUUUGUUUUCUGCACCAGAGGAGAACUGUCAAAAUACAGAGUCCCAAACCUUCUGGACCUGUACCAGCAGUAUGGAAUUAUCACUCAUCAUCAUCCAAUCCCAGAUGGAGGGACUCCUGACAUAGCCAGCUGCUGUGAAAUAAUGGAGGAGCUUGCCAUCUGCCUGCAAAAUAACCGGAAAACCUUAAUACACUGCUAUGGUGGACUUGGCAGAUCUUGUCUUGUAGCCGCUUGUCUCCUACUAUACCUGUCUGACACAGUAUCACCACAGCAAGCCAUAGACAGCCUGCGAGACCUAAGAGGAUCUGGGGCAAUACAGACCAUAAAGCAAUAUAAUUAUCUUCAUGACUUCCGGGAGAAACUAACUGCACAUCUAUCAGCAAGAGAUUCACUAUCAAGAUCUGUAUCACGAUAAAGAAGAAUUUCAAAUAUCAUAUACAUGACCAUGUCUGAAAUUUAAGAGUUCUCUACUGUAAUUUGUAUUGAAACAAACUACUAGUGUUAUCGAAUUCAAUGUAAAUGUAUAUGUGCAGAUAUUCUUAAAGCUUUUAUUCACAGAAGUCAUUGUCUCUUUCAUCUCUUACAGCAGAGGGAUAGAAAAUCGGUGUACAGUAUUCUUUUUAGACGUGUACUGGCUGCU